UUUUCUCAAUCGAUUUGGUACAUUUCUCCAAACUCAGGUAACAGCUCUCAAAACAGUUAACACAGUGAUCAGUACACUUUGUAAUUGUCCUAAACAGAUAGUAAAUUCUCCUUCAUUUCAUACAAAUCACAAAUCAAAAGCAUAAUUUUCUCAAAACACUGUGCACAAAAAUCCCAAAUUUCAUCACAGCAGUUCAUACAGCCAACCAAAUCUUUAAUAUAUCAGGAAAAACAUUUGUAACUUUUUCAUUGUUCUUCACAAAGAUCACAAGCAUUUUUGUACCAUUUUCAAAGCACAGCAAACAAAACUCUGUGAAUUGUAAAAUAGUCAGUUGCACACCUUGUGUCUGCAAUUAACGGCAAAUUGUUAUCUGAUGAGUUAGUAAUCCACUCAACACAGAAAAAGCCAAUUUCCUAAUUGUUCACACAGCUGUCUUACGUAAUUACAACAACUACAAAAGGGGAAGAGAAGAAGAACAAAGAAGACAAAUGAGGAGAUACAGUAAGACAAAAAAAAAGAAGUAUGAGCAGUGGAAACAGAAGAGGUUUAAGAGUGAGAGGUGGUGGCCAGGGUAGAGGGAGAAGAGGAAGAGGAGAUAGAGAAAGAGAAAGAAGAGCUGAAGAUGUAGGAGGAAGAGCUGAAGAUUUAGGAGGAAGAGCGAGAAGAGCUGAGGAUGUAGGAAGAGGAGAAGAGAUUGAAGAGAUGGAUAGAUUGGAGGGCAAUGGUAUAGUGGAAAGAGAAAAUAUAAGAAGAGGUGGACAGGGAGGAAGAGGAGGCCAAGGUGUAAGAGGAGGGAGGAGAGGUAGAAUGAGGGUAGGGUACACGCGUGUUUCAAAUGAAAUCAGAGCCACACUUAUUGACCAUGUCAUAAAUCAUGGUCUCUCACUGAGAGAAGCUGGCCAGAGAGUUCAGCCCAAUAUAAACAGAUCCACAGUGGCUUCAAUUAUCCGUACAUUUCAGAGGGAAAACCGAAUUGAAGUUAGAGAACAUUCAGGUGGACGAACAAGACUUUUUUCAGUUGAACAAGAGCAUGCCAUUGUUGACAUGGUGGUCCAGAACAACACCCUCCGCCUCAAAGAAAUUCAGCAAAGAAUAACACAGGACAAUCAACUGUUCCACAAUAUCCACCAAUGCAGUCUCUCCACAAUUGACCGUGUUCUAAGAAGAAAUGCUAUCCGAAUGAAGCAAGUAUACAAAGUGCCCUUUGAGAGGAACUCCAUUAGAGUGAAGGAGUUGCGAUUCCAGUUUGUUCAAAGAAUCUUGGAGUUGGAUAGCAGUGCAACUCAUUAUGAGUACCUGUAUAUUGAUGAAGCAGGCUUCAAUCUUCAAAAAAAAAAGGAGAAGAGGGAGAAAUGUGAUUGGCCAUCGUGCUACAGUCAAUGUCCCUGGACAACGAGGAGGCAACAUCACUCUCUGUGCAGCAAUUUCUACAACUGGUGUUGUGGCACACAAUGCUGUCUUGGGACCAUACAACACAGCAAGGCUCCUACAUUUUUUAAACCUCCUCAAUGAAAUCCUCUUUCCGCAGGGUGAUCAGGAGCAAAUGGUGCGGAAUUUUGUAGUUGUUUGGGACAAUGUCCAAUUCCACCAUUCAGCACUAGUGCGAGAGUGGUUUGAGAAUCACCCACAAUUCAGGAUGGUGUUUCUUCCACCAUAUUCUCCUUUCCUGAAUCCAAUUGAGGAAUUCUUCUCCUCUUGGAGAUGGAAAGUACAUGAUCGCAACCCUUACAACCAAGUAAGUCUUCUUCAAGCGAUGGAAGAGGCCUGUGGAGAUAUUGGGGCACAAGCAUGUCAAGGAUGGAUUCAGCAUUCAAGACGUUUUUUUCCCACGAUGCAUGACUCGUGAAAAUAUUUUCUGUGAUGUUGAUGAAAUUCUCUGGCCAGAUGUAAUUGAGAGGCAUGAUCAAUAAAAUUAUUGAUUCAAUGAAUGCAGUAAAUUUAUCACUUUAUUUUUUUUAUUUACCUAUGUACUUAUUUGCAUAAUAUAUAUAUUUUUGUGUGUGUGGGAUGACAACUUAUUGUUAUACACCUGAACUCCUCAUUAAAGAACUUAAUGAAAAACAUGUAUUUUCAUUUAUUUCUUUGUGUAUCUUCAGCUGAAUUUGUUAUAAAAUCAACAGAGAACACACUUUUAGUUUUGAUGUUAAUAUUGAAUUUUAAUAAAUGCAUUACUAGAAUAAAAUGCUGUGUUUCAUUGUGCAGUGAAUACUUAACGGUUUUGCCAGCAUAAGAGUGUGUUUAGUUUGCUGUGUUAACUGUUUUGAGAGCUGUUACCUGAGUUUGGAGAAAUGUACCAAAUCGAUUGAGAA